AUGAUUUAUUACAUUAUAGCUUUUCUUAUAGCUAUUAUUUCACUCAUAUAUGGAUUUGUUAUCCUAUUUAGUCAUAAACCAAGAUUACCGGAACCAAGUGAAUCGUUAUAUUUAACUAAUGAUGAAUCCAGAGAUCAAUUAUAUGAUUUGCCUCCGAGAAUCACACCAGAUAGUGUUUUCAAAUAUCAAGGGAUUGAUAUUAGUUUAAUUAUUCCAAGUUUUAAUGAAGCCAAAAGAAUAACCAAAAUGUUGGAUGAAGCAAUUGCAUAUCUCGAAGAAAAUCAUUCUGGGAAAUAUGAAAUUAUAAUUGUUGACGAUCAAUCUAGUGAUGCAACAGUAAAAGUUGCUUUAGAUAAAGCAGAUGAAUAUAAAUUAUCCCCACAUAUUAUGAGAAUUAUUACAUUAAGUAAAAAUAGAGGUAAAGGAGGAGCAGUUACUCAUGGAUUAUUACAUUCCCGUGGUAAAUAUUCAUUAUUUGCUGAUGCUGAUGGUGCUACUCUGUUUCCCGAUGUUAAAAACUUACUUACAUAUAUUGAAUCUUGUAAACAUGCAACCAUUGCUAUUGGUUCUCGUGCACAUAUGGUUAACACUGAUGCUGUUGUUAAAAGAUCAUUUAUUAGAAAUUUUUUAAUGUAUGGACUUCAUACUUUGGUGUUUAUUUUUGGAAUUAGAGAUGUUCAAGAUACUCAAUGUGGAUUUAAGAUGUUUAAUUUUGAAGCAGUUCAGAAUAUUUUCCCUCAUAUGCAUACUGAACGAUGGAUCUUUGAUGUUGAAGUUUUAUUAUUGGGAGAAAUUCAAAAAAUGAAUUUGAAAGAAAUUGCCGUUAAUUGGACUGAAAUUGACGGUUCUAAAGUUGAUUUAGCUAGAGAUUCUAUUGCUAUGGCUAUUGAUUUGGUUGUUACUCGUUUGGCCUAUCUUUUAGGAGUAUAUAAAUUGGAUCAAUGUGGUAGAGAAACUAAAAAGAACCAAUAA